AUGAAGUCAAUUAGGAUAGCAUUUCUAUUUGUUUUGGUUCAUUUAGCCACCGGCGAACUGCGAUCGCAAAUAUAUGAGCUUCCGUCACUAUUAGUGGAAACAGAUCAAGCAUAUCUACAGAAAAAGAUACCAACGAAUCUAACAUGCGAGCUAAGUGCUGGUUACUCAGAAGCAAGAAUUCUUUCUGUUUAUUGGAUUCUUAACAACGAGUUCAUUGAAUUCAACGACACGGAUUAUACAUGGAAUGGCACUAUUUUAACGGUGAAUGGACUGAGACAACAGAACGAAGGCGAUUAUCAGUGUUUGGCUGAAAUUGCAGACAUUCGUUUAGCAAAUCGCCAACUUAUAACAACAAAGUUGAUAUCAUCCCCAUUGAAAGUCCGAAGAGCGCGAAUGACGAAAUUCGACAAAGUUCUGGAUCACGCAAUUACUGUUCGUGAGAAUGAGGUUGCGCGAUUGCCAUGCGCAGGAAUCCCCGAUGUUAUACCGGGACCGCCAACGAUUUGUUUUGAACGGCUUGGUCAUAAUGAAGGUUGUCUUGGAACAAAAAACGGCACAAAACAUUUAACAACCAGCAGUGGUAUGCAAAUUAUGCUUGUACAACCAUCAGAUGCCGGAUUCUACCAUUGUGUAGUUCACAACGAUUUCACUAACCAAACUAGAAAAAGUCCAAAGCCAGUCCUUCUUUAUGUACGGGAAACUAACAAUACUGACAAAACUAGACAGCCUGAUAUACACCCUACUCUAAUAUUCCCAGCAAAAGAAACUUCUAUCGAUAAACCUAUCGACGUAGAUGUUGCUGAAGGAGAGGAAGUGGUUCUGGAAUGUGUAAUGUCUCUGGCAAAAAUCGUAUGGAUAAAACAUAACGAUUCUACUCCAAUUAUUUCCAUGAAUGACAAUAAUUCAAGAUUCCAACAAGUUUGGGGUAACUUGAAAAUACGUAGUGUCGCCCACGGGGAUUCUGGAAUUUAUUCGUGUUUGGGUCUUCCUAUUCUGGGAAACACCACAACAUUCGACGAUACGACGCGUCCAAGAAUUGAUUAUAACUUGAUAGUUCAUUCCCCAACAGGUGUUCAUUUGUCAAUUUCGCCACAAAUUGAUAAAACCUAUAUGCUUGAAUGCCUUGCAACAAAUUUACGAUAUGAAAUUCCAAUGGCUUUUGUGAACGGAAGUUCCCUCUCAAGAUCCAUUGAACUCAUGGGUAUUCCGAGUAAUACAAAUUUUUACACCAACCCCAUUCGUGUGCAGCUCCAAGUCAAAACAACGUUCAGUGGAAGUGUGCAGUGUAUUUCUCGACCGGCUAUGGAUGAAGCUGAAAUAUAUGGAAUGGGACUGGAACGUGGAAAAUCAAUGAAUAUGUUUAUAAUGAGCUCUCAUAGCUCAGAUAGCGAAUUGAUUAGACAGGGCCCUUCAAAUCUAACCGUCGAAAUUGGAGCAACUGCGGAUUUACCGUGUUCAACUCAUCGUGGAGUUAAAUCAUGGCGAAGAAAUAAUGAGUUGAUUCCAUUGUUUAGUAGCCGUACUAAAAUUCUUGGAACUAACACACUCAGAAUCACAAAUGUUCAAAAGAACGAUGAAGGGUGGUAUACCUGCUCAAUUACUGGAGAUUCUGGAAAACGAUACACUGCAUCAGCAUACUUAAAAGUUGUAUCGUAUACGACACCUGUUCCAAAAACUACAACAACUGAACCAUUUGUACAAAAGAAAAAAGACGAUAAGAUUGAUGUCGAGGAUGUUCGUGGUUUUGUAACUGGCACUGAAGUUCGCAUUCAAUGGUCUGUUCUAGGAAAGCUCGAAGCUCUGACAAAAAUUUCCAAAUUUGUAAUCGAAGUUCAGCGAUCCGGUUCUGAAGAUGACGAAUGGAUGGAGGCAGAUGCCGUAGAUAGUCAUGUUCGUGCAACUACUAUCAAAAAUCUGAUUCCUGAUAACAAAUACAUGUUUCGCAUAAAAAUGGUUCGAGAUAACGGAAGUUUCGUGAUAAGUCAACCUACCACUUGGAUGAAAGUCGAACAAUUAUCUGGUGAUGUUCUUCCUAUUGCGCCAAAGAUUGAUAGUGUGUACCAAUACACAUCGGAAUCAGCAAAGGUUUUCUUUUCACACAACUUCGCCAUCGAUAACGCUGCCGCAAAAACAUUUGUGAUCGUUUACGGCGAGAAGGGUGACAACAAAUCACUCGUGACGCAAGUCGACGGCACACAGACUGAAGCAAUUAUAUCGGGUCUGAAGCUCGAUAAGACAUACGUUAUUCACGCUAUCGCCGAAAACGCGGCUGGAAAGAGUUUGAGCAGUGCCGAAUAUCUGUUCAAUACCACUCAUAGCGGAAUGUUCUCAUCAGUGAGAAUAUUCUUUUCUUCGGUUCAGCCUUAUCUAACAUUCAAAAACAUUGCUCUGUUCGGAAUCGUUACUACAUUGGCAAUUAUUGUCAUUCUUGUUUGUUGUAUGGUAUUUUGCAACCUACGAACCCGAAAAGGUCCAAAGACUCAAGCAAACGGAAAAUUUCUCGAUACAUCUUAUCGCAUCUUCAACGAGCAAAAAGUGCACAAAUCGCGUAUCUUCGAUGAUACAAAUGAAAUAUUGGAUGGUGAUAUUGAUGAGUGUUCUCCACUAAAAGUGAAACAAGUUGACGAAAGAAACGAUGAGGACCACGAUAAAUUUGGAUUCAACGCCGACACUGCUCUACCAAACUUGUAUGGAAAUAUCGAUGAUGUGAUGGAAGUGGAAAACAUAUCAGAGGCUCCUAAUGACCCAACAUAUGUCUCCGCUUCAAAGCUAGGAGGAGAAUAUGGAGUACACAGCGCAGCUAGAUGCUAUUCUCCAGAAAGUAGAACAUCUCAUGAAAUGUUGGUUUCUUAUUCGAGAAGUGCACCAAACUCGACUACAAACAGCGCGUCUCCUCAGAUGAAUGGUUCCAUGCAACGCGUAAAAGCCUACAACUAUGCUGACUCGCUUCUGUAUUCGCCGGCCGGAACAACGUCUUCUAUUGCGGAAACAAACAGCACCGGGCAGCCUAACAGAUUAAAUUGUGAAUCACCUGGACAUCCACAAAGCGACGAAAGUGAUCAGGGUAUAAGAUGUGGCGGGUCAUCAAGAAGUAGUCACAUGUCUUCGUCCGAUGGGUCAAAAGUUGUUUCAAUGGGCACUUUCAAAGGAAACACUCCAACGAACUCAUUCAUUAAUACUUAUGACAGACGCCGUUCUGAAAAUGUUGCAUAA